CAAGGUUCUGUAUUGGUAUGUAUGUUCGGUGUUGGUGCUGUGGCGUUGUGGCAUGCAGUGGCGCGGUUUUGGGCGGCUAUAAAAACUGCUGGCCAUGUCAUGGUGGGAAGCAGUUUGUUUAAGAAGUUUGUCGCUGUCGGUUUAACAAAACCCCAAUCCUCAUCACAUUCAAAACUAACUCCAAAAACCGCUCACGGUUCGGUACUGACGUGUGUGCGUUCACCCUUUUUAACGGACAAUCGUAUAGGCUACGCCAAAAUUUUCAACAAUCAUUUGUAUUUUGGAUUACAGCAAGACUUGCAGCAGCAGUUUACAUUGUCGCUUAUUAAGGAUAAGAAUUUGAGAAUUCCACAACGUGAAAAUGUUUCGUUUUACUAUUUUAACCACAUUAAUUGCCAUUGCCGCGAGUCAGGGUUACCACCAAAAUCCCAAAACAGCGGCUAUUAUUAGUGAACAGCGUUACCUUGCCGGUGAUGGUAAAUUUGGUGCAGCCUACACACAGGAGGAUGGCAUCAACUUCAAAGAAGAAACCGAUUCGGAUGGUACACGUCACGGCAGCUACAGUUAUGUAGAUCCUACAGGCGAGCGGCGGACAAUUUCUUACACAGCCGGCAAAAAUGGCUUCCAAGCCAGCGGUGAUCAUUUGCCUGUCGCCCCACCAGCGCCACCACAACCUGUGCCACAGCCAGGCUAUGCACCGCAGCCGCAAUACCAACCACCACAGCCACAAUCUGGUGGCUACCGCAGCAAUGACUACGAUGAUGGUUCUUACGAUCCACGUUACAAUGAUCCCAGUUUCGAUCAAUCGCCGGGUUCAUAUCAGCCACCACAACCACAAUAUCAACCACAGGCGGCGCCAGCUUACAAUCCACCAGCGCCAGCAUAUAACCCACCUGCGCCACAAUACAACAACUAUCAGCCACAGGCUCAGCCACAACAACAACCCUACUAUCAGCCGACCACACCCAAUCCACACCGAUUUGCACCACCCGGUAAAUUGUCACUCAAUCGCACACCGGACGGUUUCAGCUACAGCUUCAACAAGGUCUAAGAGUUUGCAUACAAAUACAUAUGAUGUACACGAUGUAUGUAUGUACAUAAGUGUGGUGGGUCGAAGAAUGGGUGGUCAAGGCGGGGGAAAGCUAUUAAAUUGGGUGUGAGCGAUAAUACUGUCUGAACUACGUGAUGUGCUAUGCGCGGUGUAUGCGCGAAGGGAAGGUAUGG